AGUGACAGUCGGAUGCUGCAUGCCUCUCCGGCACCUCCAAACUGUGAUAAUACUGCUCUCCACUGCUCUCCAGACCAUCAUUCAAACCAGAUGAAUCGCCUUUGUUCGCCUUCAACUCAUGCUCCUUUACUGGUAAAAACUAACGCCAAUCGUUUCGCUUUUUUUGUUGUCAUGCCAUCGGACUCGUUUUGAAGGUAGCACAAGCAAUGUUCGAGAUGCAUGUUUACGGUCGGUUGCCAAGCGUAUGACACAAAUUACUAUGGGAACGCCGAGUACCGUGUUUCUAUUAUGCCAUUUUAUCGGGUUUCUUUUUUACCUUCAAGGGUUUGUAAUAUGUAAAAGUUAUCUUAUUCGGGUUAAGGUUGAAACGAGACAAUUUCAUUGGCUGCUGAAAUUUUGUAUCGCAGACAGUAAAAAGCGUACGCCUGAGUUCCGCUCAGUGCAAGAGCCGGCAUAUAUACAGCAGACACAUAAAAACGCGAGUUUGGGAAUGUCCAGUCCCAAUAUUAUCAAAUCGAUACUUAAGUCCAACAAUGGGCAUCUCAAAAAGAGUAGCUUUGAUGAAGAGUAUGCAUUUCCACGACAUCAUUUGCCGCAAGUCAUGAAAGAUGACAGCAAAACCCCACUCGUCCUUGUUGCGUGCGGCUCAUAUUCUCCCAUUACUUAUUUACAUUUGCGCAUGUUUGAAAUGGCCAAGGAUCGUUUCAGAGAGAAACAGGACUUUGAGCUUAUUGCUGGUUAUUAUUCACCGGUGUCGGAUGCAUAUAUGAAAGAAGGAUUGGUCGAGGCAAAGCAUCGUGUAAAAAUAUGCCAGCUUGCAGUGGAAUCAACGUCCGAUUGGCUUAUGGUUGAUUCUUGGGAAUCGCGUCAGGAACAAUAUCAGCGAACUGCCCUUGUUUUGGAUCAUUUUGACCACGAAUUGAAUGAUAUUGGGGGAGGCAUUAAAACAUCUACUGGCGAAAGGAAGAAGAUUAAAAUUAUGUUACUGGCAGGCGGUGACCUGAUCUCGUCGUUUGGUCAUCCAGGCGUCUGGUCCCCUGAAGACUUGCAUCACAUCGUGGGUCUCUACGGAUGUGUGAUUAUUGAAAGAACGGGAACCGAUGUGUACGGCUUCUUACUAUCACAUGACGUUUUGUACGAGCAUCGAAUGAAUAUAUCGGUUAUUAAGCAGCUUAUUCACAAUGACAUUAGCUCUACAAAAGUCCGAUUAUUCGUGAAACGUGGCAUGUCUAUCAAAUACUUGCUGCCAAACCCUGUGAUUGACUACAUUUACAAGCACGGGCUGUACAAAGCACAAUCUGAUACUUUAUGAACCUAAAUCAUGCCCUGAUUAUCAAGUCCAUAGCAGCCACGGAUAAGGUAGUAUAAAAAUGGAGUGGUAUAGAUUUACCCACCGGCUUUUAUUCGGGUAAAGCAAGUAGAGCUACUAACAUAUCUCGCGAGCCGAUCCAAACCAGCAGCAAA